AUCGGUCCCGUGAAAGCGAUCACUGCCGGGGGUGCUCAUGGAGUUAGCCAAAUUCUGCUGGAACACGAAAGAGUCGAUCCUAUUUUUGACAUAGUUAUCGCCUCUGGUCAUACUGUCAAUGGAUCCAUUUGCGUACUUCAAAGGACGUUUUUUUACAAAUUCUUUAGUUUACAAGAUGCACAACAACUCUGGGCAGUUGGUAGGAGAGAGGACGAUUCGCAUAAGUAUCUCAUCGUUUCCCGAACUCGAUCAUCCCUAAUCCUCGAGCUAGGAGAAGACAUGGUUGAGCUGGAAGAACCACUCUUUCUUUCGGACGAGCCCACGGUAGCAGCUGGGGAGCUCGCCGAUGGUGGUCUUGCUGUCCAAGUUACUUCUCUUCGUGUGGCUCUUGUAGCUGAAGAAAAACAACUUCAGCAAAUAGACUUAGAUUCCAACUUUCCCGUUGUAGCAGCAUCGAUAGUUGAUCCAUACGUGGCUCUUCUGACUCAGAAUGGGCGCUUGAUGCUAUUCCAUCUUGUGCUGAACCCAACUGUGCACUUGCAGGAGAUUGAUAUAUCAAAUAGCGCCUUUGCGGAAAAGACGGUCCAUCAUCGAGCACCUUUAACUGCACUUUCAAUAUAUCGUGAUAUGAGUGGUCUCAUGGUUUGUUCUCAUGAUGUCGAUGAUGGGGGAAUUACAGAUGGAAGGAAGUUUAGCAAGGCGAGAAAGGCGGCUACUCGUCGUAGUGCUGUGGACUCUAUCGACCUUGAUCUUUACGGCGAAGAUGCACUGCCUACCAAUAAUGCCGCUGUGGACGAGGACGAGCUACUGUAUGGAGAAUUUGCAGGAAAUAAGAAAGAAGAGGGAGUACGAAAAAGGAAGAGAAUUGCUGAAAUAAGCAGUGUCAUUAAUGGAUGCGAGGAGUCGGAUGCCAUUGAUCCCAACACUGUGGAACCUACGUAUUGGCUCAUUUUGGCGCGUGACAGUGGGAAAGUUGUGAUCCAUUCUUUGCCUGAUAUGGCAAUAGUGUACCAGGUAUGCCUCCUCUGCAUUAGUGCGUGA